GGACUAAGAUAAGCAUUAGAUUGAUUAAGCUCGCCAAAUUAGCUCUUACCAGGUCUUCAAACAGAAGCUCCGCUCCGCUCAGGAAACAAAUAGCGCCAACUGCUAGCCUAUUUGCAUUCCGCAAGCGAAGAACUUUCCAGAAGCCUCCAACAUCCCCGCGUUUCUCCAUCGCCGUCUUCGAUCAACGAGACCCGCAUAUUACGCAAAUUCCUUGCACAAAAAGCAAGCAAAAUCAAAAUAUUUACAGCGAUGCGUCGUCGCUUAAAGCCUAGGGUUCCUCCUCUCCUUUUGCUCUUCUAUAGUUCCAUUCUUCUCAGCUCGCUUCCAGGAUUGAUUGCAGCUGCGAUUGUUACUCUAGAUUCGAUCGAAAUAUAUAACACUCAUGAAUUGUUAGGAUCGACACCGGAAGUUUAUUUUGAGUGUAAAGGUGAAAAUAGAACAAAUUUGCCUGAUGUGAAGAAGAAACAUGAGCUGUAUACCUUUAAGGGCGAAGAGUCUUGGCAGCCUCUGACAGAACUCGAAGAAAAAAAGUGCAAACGAUGCGGGAUAUAUGAGAAAGACUCAUUUAUAAAGCCUGAUGAUGUAUUUGAUGAGUGGGAGUUCUGUGCCUCUGAUUUUACUAGAACUGAUGGGAAGUAUAUUCAUUUCAAGGAGAAAGAGUUCAAUGCCACAUUCUUGUGUCCAGACUGUGUCCCUCUUGAAGGUGCUUCAAAUCACUCAGCUGGCUCGCAAACGAAGGGAAAGGGAAUGCACUGGGUUCUAGUGCUGCUUAUCUGUGUGGUAGUGUCAACUUUUGUAGUUCUUGGAGCAGUGACUGCCUACAAAUAUUGGCAAAAGAGAAAAAAGCAACAAGAUCAAGCUCGAUUCUUGAAGCUGUUUGAGGAUGGCGAUGACAUAGAGGAUGAUUUGGGCAUUGGACCACUUAGUCAUGUCAUUUAGGGAGAAAAAGAAGUGCAUCCUCUUCUCAUGGUAUACGUGAAACACUUGCACAUGUUUUUUGUUUUCAAAUUUUUCUUGGAAGGAACUAUCGAGACAGUUGUAUAGUGUAACUUAACAGUGUGAGAGGAAGAGAGAGAGAGAGAGAUUGUGUAAAGUCAUCGUACUGCAAGAGAAAUGUUGAACUGGUCCUUGAUCCUGAAAAAGAAAGAUAUUUUGCUUCAAGAUGUUGGACAGCCAAGGGUCGUUUAAAGUGAAAUGAAAUAGUGUAAUUGCCUGUGGACUUUGGCUUGGUCUUAA